GUUCAUUCAGUUAGUUAGCAGACGAGUGCUGUAUGCCGCGCGGAAUUGUAGAUAAAUUGAGAGAGAUUUUUUCUUUAUUUAUUUGUUUAUUGAGUUUAUUUAUUUUUUGUUUUAAUGAAAAUUAUAUAAAAAUGUUUUAAAUUUAAAUUCAAUUUAACGGAAAUGUAUGCGAAACGAAAUCGAAUCUAUAUAUAGUCGUAAUGAUAUUUCAAAAUUUAUUUGAUGAAAAUUUAAUUAAGCAUAUUCUAGUACUUAUAACGCGAUCUAUAAGUUGUGCGUGUGUGUGUGAGUUUGUGAAAACUGAAUGUUUCAUUUUCCGUCAACAACGCGACUCAAAUCGUCAUCAUAAAAUGCGGGAAAAUCGUGAAUUUACUUAUUUUGUGUUAUGUAUUUUGUUAGGCAGUUGGUGUCAAACUAUUGCCACGUAUCCCCAAAGUGUUACCGAAAACAACAACAAAAACAAUAAUAACAAAAUUGCAACUUUAAAAUUUAACGAUAAAAGUAACGCUACAGUAUAUGACUAUAGAAGGAACGUAGGCGUUGCCGAAAUUAUAACCAAAGCGGAAAAUGUGCAUUUUAGCCAAACAACUGAAAAUGAAAAUUUCACUCGAAUUUUAGAAAAUGCAUUGAAUACACAACGACAACAACAACAACGUCAGUAUCAAAGUAAAACACUUGCUUCAUUACCAGCAACUAAUGCUAAUGCGCAUAGCAUCGAUAAUAAUAGUAAUAAUAACAACAACAAUAACAACAACAGUAAUAAUAAUAAUAAUGAUGUCAGUAAUAAUGAUGCAAGCAUAAACGAUUUUCAUGGGCAUUCUGACUUUAUGCAAAACAAUGGCGAUGAUUUGAUUUUUGCCAUCUAUUCGUCCACUUUUAAGUUAGACCAACGACAAUCGAAUAGAAAAUCUUCUAAAGUUUUUCAACAAAUUGAUUUGUUAACAUCAACGUCACCAACUCUACGACCAUCACCAUCACCAUCACCAUCAUCGUCAUCAUCGUCAUCAUCGUCAUUAGCAUCAACAUUAGCAACAUCCGUUUUAGAGAGGGAUUCAUUAACAACUGCAUCCGUUACAUUGCCAAGCAAUAGUACUAAAGUUGAUGAUAAUGUCGCAAUUGAUGUUGUUGAUGGUCGACCGCAUAAAAUUGAAUUAUCUACUAAAGCAUUUGAUAUGACGAUGACGAUGACGAUGACGACGACAAUGAACUCUAAUGACAAUGCAAACGCCCCAAUUAUUACACCCCUUGAUUUAAGUGACUUUUUGGCUUUAAUACCCGCUCAGCGGGUACAAAACAUUAUACGCUAUUACUAUCACAAUGAUCCGGAAGUGAAGCGUGCCUACAGUUUUAUGUCUAGCUCAGAGUUUGCCCGACUCAAAGAGCAUAUUAUUGCUGUGCCGGAAAUGUCAGCAUUUUUACGCUAUUUAAAUAAUAGCGGUUUGGAUCUAGUCAAAUUCGUUAAUGCCAUCGCAAAUCUCACCAACAAGAUAGAUGAUGCAUCACCACCAUCCUAUCGGAAUCACAAUAAUGAACUAAUAACUAAUCACGAUGUCGUUACUGAUGUUGUUGAAUUUGAACAAAAAUUGAGCUCUUUAAUGACAUUGAAAGUUAAUGAAACAAACGGUACAAUAACCGCGACCGAAACUUCCUUAAUAUUUGCGGACUCAAGUACAACGGGAGAUGCAUUAACAACAACAACCAUUGAAGAGCAUUUUAACGGAUUACAUGGCUUAUUCGAUAGCAUUUUGGAAGCAUUGCCGCAAGAUCAAAUUUUAGCAACGUUCUUCGAUAAACUCGAAACAAAUGAAGAAUUUUCAAAACUAUUCGAUGACAUUGGCAGCCCUGCGUUUGCAAAAAUAUUAGAAAAUAUGCAAGACUCGUUGCCAUUGCGCCACUUGAUUUUCACACUACAUAAUAAUGACAUUUAUGUUAUGAAAAUGGUGGAUUCAUUGAAGUCGUAUUUCUUUUUGGGAACUUUCUGAAGAGAAGUUUCGCAUACACAAGCAAACGCCAUUAAAAGUCGAAUUCCGGCUAUAAAGUCAAAGAGCCACAAUAAGUGCUGGCAAAUGGAAAAACUAACAAAGGCAACUGUAACUGUUGCUGUAAAAAAGGUUCAAUGUUUAACAAAAGCAAUUUCUAUUC